AUGAAGACCCAGAAAAUGGAUGACAGGAGUUGAGAUCUUUCACAAAAUAAUUCUAUAAGGUUAGAAGGAGCCUCAGAGGCUAUGGGAUAUGAUACUCGCCCCUUUUCAAGAAGCUCCAAGAACAAAUUCACGAUGAGAAAUGCUUUAAAGUCUGCACAGAGUACUAAUCAAGGUAUGAGUGAAAGAGAGACGAUUUCAGAAGCAAAACUUCAGAGAGAGAUUGAAACGCUUGAGAAACAAGCAAAGAGAAGAGAGGCAGAAUUCUCCAAAAUUAAGGCUGUUCUAGAGCAAAAGCUUGAGUUGAAAGACCUCCAGCUAGCAGACAUCAAAGAUAAUAUGGAAAAACAGAAAGAAAUGUACAACUCAAUGCUGAAGGCUCUUCAAAAUAAGUCUGAGAACUUGACAUAUGAGAAACAGCUGCAGUCGAUCCAGGAAAUGCAGAGAAAACAGGACAGUGAAGUCCAGAAGAUCAGGACAAAGUAUGAGAAGCAAAUCACUGAUCUUAAAGAAAGAAUAAACCUGCAAGAAUUUAAUGAGAAGUCCCUCAAGGACCAACUCAAGCAGGAGAAGAACAACCACCAGCAUGAACUACAGGAAAAAGAGAAGGAGAUUAGUGAAAUAGACCUGAAAAUGCAGAAGACUGUACUUGAAAAAGACAAAAUUUGAGAAAAAUUACGUGAGCAAAUCGAAAAUAUGGAAGAAAAACACUUAAGAUUCAUUAAGGACAUGGAAGGCAAUACUAACUAUGAUGUAGAGAGGCUCACUCUUGAUUACCAAUCCAAGCUGAGUGAUGUAAAGUACCUCAAAGACCAAGAGAUCCUCUCACUAAAGAGCCAGAUAAGAAAACUUGAGGAAGAAAUCAUGGUUCUGAGAGAGCAAGAUCGGUCCUUCGAAUCGAUUAGAAGUUCUGAGUAUGCAACUGGGAAGGGAAAAUCCAGCAGCUUCGGAACUAGGCUUUCCCAGCUCAAUGAAAAAUUUGCAGAUGAUAUGCUGGCUACUGAAAAAGAAGUUGCCUCACUUCGAAGAGAGAAUAGUGAAAAGAAGUCUACAAUUGAUACCUUACAUCUCUCCAUUGAGAAGAUUAAAGACCAGUAUGGUACAAGGCUGGAGGAGCGAGAACAGAAAUAUUCGAAGUUAAAAAGGAAAUAUAGUGAUAAGUGAGAUGAACUUUCGAAAGCCCAGAAGAUUAUCAAAGAUUCCCUCAAUUUGAAGAAGAGGAUCUCUGACCUGAAGAUGACUAACGCCAAGCUUGAGAGAACCAAGAGAGACCUAAAAGAUGCUCUUAAAAACAAGCAAAAUGAACUCGAAGCUGAAAAGGCUUUUAAGCAAAAAGCUAUUUAUGAAGAGAGGAGAAAGAAUAAAGAGAAAAAUGAGAAAAUGUCCCAGAUGAAGAGGGAGAUGAACCUCCAGAACCUUGAAAUUGAAGGUCUUAAGAGAGACCAUCGUAACGGAAGUAUGGUGAAUGAUUCGAAGAUUCAUUCACCUUGACGCUUGAGAAGAAAAAGGAGUCAUGAAAAGUCAUUCUUGGCAAUCGAUCCAGAAACUGCCGCUACAACAAAGAGGAAUUUAGAUUCGAGUCAAUAUAUGAAUGAUAGUACAGCAUACUCGAAGAACACUCGUAGGCUGAAGAGUUCUUCUCCAAGUAGGACUCAACUACUUUUUGCGGCUUCCAAGAUAAAAGUUGAAGAGUUAGGCAAAACGGGAAAUUCGAAAAAGAGAAUGCCCAUGUCGGAUGAAAAGACAAAUACUUAUGAUGAUAGCCACCUACAUUGUCACGCUGCAGGAAAAUAUUGUGAAGCAUGCAAAUACAAGAAAUGGAGAAUCCUGCAGCUGAAUUAUGACCCUGAUAAGUUGAUGAACAACAGGGACAUGAUCAAGUACAUUGUCUGUCUGGGAUGUAGCAAAUCACUUGAGGUCAAACCUUUCUUGAAGCAUUGUAGGGACUGCAGGCUCUCCAACCAUGUUCCUAAUAUAGAUGGCCAGAAAUACUGGAAGAAGGGUGAGUUGAAUUCUUCAUCCCGUGGGGCUUCUGAGCGUUCGAGGAACAGAAUCAGUAGUUCAAAGUCUAAGCUAAGACAAUGUUAUAGUACAAAAGGAAUCAAGGAGGAGGUUAUUUCUCCUACUACUGAAGAUUCAAGACUUGGCAACUGUAGAAGCCAAUCUAAGCUCAAGGUACCUGAGAGUAGUAAGGAUAAACCGAAAGUAGUCCUAUGUGAUUUGGCAGAUGAAAUGGCAGAAUUCCAUACCAGGAGCCAAACAAAGCAUAAAGUGAGGACCUCGAAAGGAAACUCUACUAUGAUGCUCAAGAAUUCUUCACCAGUAGAGACUCUAGAAGAUGCUGAGCAUGAUAGAUCUUUUAAUUAUAAGGUUUAUGGGACGAUUCCUAAAGGUGUCUCCAAAACCGAAGCUCAGAUACUACGGGAAGAAAUAUCAAAUAUGAAGUCUGACUAUGCUCAGGUUAUGAAUAAAAUGAAUCAGAUGAACCGCAAGCAAGAAAAGCGAACAAAAUGUAAAAGAGAAAUCGACAACGCUCUUAAGAAGGAGCUUCAUAAGCUGCAUUCAAGACUCGAGCCCGUCGACUUUCCUCUGUUCGAGUUGGAACUAGAAGAAAAAUCUCAUCUGGUUACAGGCAACUUUGAUUACCUCGAAAGUAUCAGUGAAGCUAAACGUCUAUCUGACUCUAUGAAUAGUAGUAGCGGACACUUCACAAGAGAAGGUAGUGGGAACAUGAAGUAUAGAUAAACAUUUCAUGGUUUAUUUGUCAAAGACUUGUUAACUUACGCCUCCAUUUUAUGGCAGGCCUUAACUUUUCAAUAGUUUAAGC